UUGUUUAUGCAUUCUCUGCAUCUAUCUUCAGUAUCUAAUACUUAUGCUUUCUAUUAAGUUUUUUUGCUUUGGUUUUUUGUAAUUUAUUGCCGUAUUACGCAUCUAGGUUUUUGCUUUGGUUGGUAUUCAAAUUUUUUCUUUCAAAUUCUAUAUGCGCUGUAAGUGUAUAUAUGUGUGUGAAUAUUUGUGUAGUUAUCAUUGGUAGAAUCCCUGGAACUUCAAAAUAGUGUUGGUUCUAGUGAGUUUCUCUCUCAUAUUAAUUGAGAAAACAGAUACAGAAGCUCCUUGAGAAGUUAAAUUCAUGAUGCAAAGCCAGUUUCAAGUUUAUGCUUCAGGAAUUUGAUGAUUUUAAUAACCAGAAUAGGAGAGAUGAUCCUGGUUAAACCACUCUCCUCUUGGGUCCUCCGAGUUCAGGAAAGACCAUUCUCCUCUUGGCUUUGGCAGGAAAACUUAAUCCCAAAUUAAAGGAUGAUUUUUCUACAGAGCUUGACAAUUGAUGGGAUUCUAACUUUGUAGAUAGUUAAAGUCAACAACUCUGCUGGAUUUGACUAAGCAGUCUUUAGAGAACCUACGACACCUAAGCCGAUAGUAAUUGUACUUCAAGAGAGUUUGAAGCAGCUAAAGAAAAGUUUAGCAUGCUGCAGAGAAUUCUCUUUGGGAAUAAGAGUGAGAAGUGGAGGACAUAGCUAUGAAGGUUGAUAUGGAGACGAAAACAACGUGGAUUGAAGGUGGUGCAACAUUGGAAGAAACUUACUAUGCUAUCUCUCAGGCAAGUGAUGUAUAUGGGUUCUCAGCUGGAUCAUGUCCAACUGUAGGAGUUGGCGGACAUAUUGGUGGUGGGGGGUUCGGUCUGUUGUCUAGAAAAUAUGAAUCACUCGAUAUGUAUGCAGUAGCAAGAAGAAAAAGAGAGGUCAACAGAGGGCUGUUGGAGGAAAAAGCGGCUCUUGCAUCGGCUGAGUCGCAUCGAUAUGUUGAGACUCGAAAACCUGUUCCUGAUCCUCAAGUUACAGGUUUGAUAUAUGGAAACAAAAACAAAGAUAGUUCAAAUAGGACACAGGAUUAGCUUAUAGCUUGUAAGUUUCUUGCCUUCUUACUUGUAGUAGUUCUAUAUAAAUUUGUAAAGAAUUAACUGAGUUGAGUUAUAGUGGAUUAUGGUGGAAAAACAUGCAUUGACCGAUAUUUACCAUUGCGGUGAGCUCAAAAACUUUCAUGUGUAUCUGCCAUAGUGAUGUAGUGGCGGGUAUUUGAUAACA